CCUUGGAUCGCCUCAACCUACGCCAUUCCCGCUGCAUUUGCGUCACCCUUCUAUCAGGCGUGUAGGUGUGUUCUACGAGCAGAACUCAAUCAAUUGUACGUAGUGCAAUUCAGGCCGACAGCCGAGUACAGGCAUUGCUCCAUAAAAUACCAUCAUCACGGAUUCAGCCCGUGCUCUCGCAGCAAUUGAUUGUCCAAUCUCCUGCUAUAUUCAGCGUAGGCCAUCCUAGUACGAAUUAUCCACCUUCCCGAAAUAUUAAGGAACUGCGCCGAUAAACAGGCUCAAGGAUGACGAUGCCAAUCGCAAUGUUUGUGUGCCUGAACCGUUUCUUCCUAUAAGUGCCAGGAUUCUGACCUCACGUCCACCAUCCGCACUUGGAUUUGCAUCUUCCAGCGAACAUCAUGCAUUUUCAGCGUAUCCUUAGUUUGCUGGGUGUGGCCCAGGCCAUUUCGGCCCAGCAAUAUGGUCAUCCGACUGUAUACCAGCUGAAGAACCAGGUCGAACAGGCCAAGAAGCGAGAUAUCGCAAAGCGUGACACAGUUGACCCAACAACGCUGUACCCAGCGCACAAUAUCUCUGUCCCAGUCGACUUUUUCCCCAAUGAGCCACGAUAUGAGCCUCAUUCAAACGAUACCUUCAACCUAAGGUACUGGUUCGACGACAGCCACUACAAGCCGGGUGGCCCCGUCUUUGUUCUUCUUUCUGGCGAGACCGAUGGCGAAGGCCGUCUGCCUUUCCUCCAGAAGGGUAUUGUUGCUCAAGUUGCAGCAGCCACCAAUGGAAUCGGCGUGAUCCUUGAGCACCGUUACUACGGCACCAGUUUCCCGGUGGAGGAUCUUUCCGUGGAGAACCUUCGUUUCCUCACCACAGAACAAUCUCUUGCUGAGAUCGACUACUUCGCCAGGCACGUCAAGUUCGAGGGUAUCGAUGCCGACCUUACUGCUCCUAAGACUCCCUGGAUCGUCUACGGAGGAUCUUACGCUGGAGCCCAGGCUGCGUUCAUGCGCGUUGCCUACCCUGAGACUUUCUGGGGUGGCAUUUCUUCUUCUGGUGUGACCGUGGCCAUCUAUGAUUUCUGGCAGUACUUCGAGCCCAUUCGCCAGUUUGCCCCUCCCGAUGUCGUUGCCAACACUCAGACCAUGAUUGAUGUUAUUGACAAGAUUCUCCUUGCUGGAAACAACGAGGAAGAUGUUAAGAAGCUCAAGUCCGUCUUCGGUCUUGGAAACGUUACCAGCAACGCCGAUUUCGCUAACAUCUUCUCCAACGGAAUCUAUGGAUGGCAGGGAACCAACUGGGAUCCUGAGGACAACUCCCCUGGCUUCUACUACUAUACCAACAACCUUACCACCACCCUCAACAACAAGGACUUGGAGAACCUGAGGUCAAAGGUCCAAGAAGUUAUCUCCCUAGCCGGUUACGAUAACUCUACCGACGUCGAGAACAUUCUCCUCAACGCUAUCAACUACUACAAUCUCACCUCUGUCGCCAACUGGGCCAAGACCAACAUCACCCAGGACGAGUACUACACCCAGCUCGAUGACGAAUUCUGGCAGCAAGACGGCAUCGAUCAGCAGGGCUGGCGCAGUUGGUACUGGCAAGUCUGCACGGAGUACGGCUACAUCCAAACCGGCAACACGCCCAAGGAGAUCAAGCCCCUGAUCUCGCGCACCAUCGACCUCGAGUACGGUACCUACUUCUGCCGCUCCGCCUUCAACAUCAGCACGCCCCCCGACGUCGAGCGCGUGAACAAGUACGGAGCCUUCGACAUCGAGUUCGACCGCCUCGCCAUCAUCGGCGGCAAUGCCGACCCCUGGAGGCCCGCCAGCCCUCUCGCCGACGAGGCCACGAAGAGGGAAUCCACCACCGAGCGCCCCUUCCUCGAGAUCGCCCACGCCGUCCACCACUGGGAAGAGAACGGCAUCUUCGAGAACGAGACUACGCCUAUCCUGCCACCUAACCAGAUCGUGUACGCUCAGCAGUUCCUCAAGAACUUCGUCAUCGAUUGGUUGAAGGGUAAGUCGCUUUUCGCGUAACUAAAGUGAGAUCAUAACUGCUAACUUGGGUUUACAGAGUUCAACGAGAAGUAUGGCUAUGCUGAGUUGUAGAGCGGCCUUUACAAAGGUAGUACAUACCGACUGUAGAUAGUAAUAGCUUCAGUAUCUAAUGCAUGAACGUAAUCACCCAUUU